CACCACCAAGGAGGUGACGCCAUAGCCAGGCAGUACAGGGUCAAUGAACAGAUACGCGUCCCGCGGGUACGAGUAAUUGGAGAAGAUGGCGAGCAGCUUGGCGUGAUGACGGUGUCCGACGCCCUCUCCAGGGCGCGGAUGAAUGACCUUGACCUGGUGGAAGUGGCGCCGAACGCCGAUCCCCCGGUCGCGCGGCUGCUGGACUACGGAAAGCUCCGAUACCUCACGUCGAAGAAGGAACGCGAGACCCGCAAAUCCCAGAAGAGCAACGAACUGAAGGAAGUACGGUUCCGGCCAAACAUUGGCACGCACGACUUCGAUGCCAAGUUGCGCAAGGUGCGCCAGUUCAUCGGGAAUGGUGACAAAGUCAAACUGACGGUCCGGUUCCGAGGGCGCGAGGCAGUUCACCAGCAAAACGGGCUUUCGCUGUUGAAGCGGGUCGCAGAAGAGUUGAAAGACGACAUCCGGUUGGAGCAGCAGCCAUCGAUGGAAGGCAGGGCCAUGUCCAUGGUCUUGAUACCGAGUCCGACGGUGGCGGCGCGCAACGAACGAAAGGAAGCAGUAGCUACGGAAUAA